GUUGUGUGAGUUUUCUGAGGCUAAUAUGACGCUUGCUGAAAUGUACUCUUUUUCGACCAGUAAAUCCGGUGGAAGUGCGAACGGCAGCGGUAGUUCGCUGGUUUCGUCGACGACCUCGUCUUCCGGCGGAUCUUCGGCAGUGUCGACUUCAUCGGUUGUUGGAGAGGUGCCGGUUUCCUCUACGACUGCUUCAUCAGCUGGAACGGCCACUAUUCAAUCGAUGGUUGUUUCGGUGACUGCAGCUGCUUCUCCGGAGUUGGUUGCCGCUGGUGUAUUGGAGCGAACGGGAUCCGGAGUAUCGGUGGUACCUUCGAGUGUGGUAACGUCUACGACGCUCACAAACUCUACCGCUGUUACGAUUUUGCAGCAAACGCCAUCAAGCGGCGCUGUAUCGGUGUCUCCCCGUUCGGAACAACUUGUGCCGAAGUUGCUCGGAGGUCCGUCACCGAACAGCAGUAGCAGCGUUUGCAGCAACGGGAGCAGCACCAGCAGCAGUAGCGGUAUGUUUCCGGAGGUUUUCAAGCUGGAGGACAUGUUGGAUUUGGACAACGUGGGCAAUGGUGCGUUGAGCGAGAAUGGAAGUACCGGUGGCGAUUUCCAGCUCGAUAAUAGUUCCCUUUCCGAUUUGAUGGAACAAGAUUGCACCCUAUGCAAGAACAAAUUCACUUCACCACGUGUCCUGUCCUGUUUGCAUGUGUUUUGCGAAAGCUGUCUGGAUAAGUUGCUGAUCGAUGGUGGCGGCGAUAAGACUCUUGAGGGCGGAAAUACGAUUGUUUGCACCAUUUGCAAACAAUCCACUCCGAUCGGUCCGAAGGGUGCAGCUGGAUUGCAUCAAGAUUACAUUCUGAGCAACGUGCUGGAUUUGUCCACCAUUGAACCGGCGCUGCUUGCGUGCACCUCCUGCAAGAGUAAGGAGAUGGCGAUUUCGCGCUGCAAUGACUGUGCCAACUUUCUGUGCGACAGUUGCGAGUAUGCGCAUCAGCACAUGCGCUGCUUCGAAGAUCACAAGGUCGUCCAGCUGGAAGAUUUGCGCAAGUCGUCGGAAAAGGUGGCCAUCCACAAACCGCUGUACUGUUCGGUGCAUGCGACGGAAAAUUUGAAGUAUUACUGCUUCAAUUGCUCCACCCCGGUAUGCAACGAAUGUUUGAUCGGCGAGCACAAAGGAAACGAUCACAACUAUCAUAUCAUCAGCGAAGCGGAAAAACCGAUGCGCCAGGAGCUGGAGUGCUCGAUGCGGGAUGCAAAAUCGAAAAUCGAGUAUUGCAAUCAGGCGACCACCAAGCUGGAAUCAUCUUUGCAUGAACUGCAAAGCCAGUACGAGACGGCGCGUGGGCUUAUCAACGAGUCAUUCCAGAGCUUUAAGGCAGUUCUCGAACAGUGCCGGGAAAAUGCAUUGAAAAACUUGGAAAAGUUGCAUUCCGAGCGAGAGCUAAAGAUCAUGGAUCUGUAUGAUAAUGUUGCGAAAUCGGUGGAGAAAAUCGAGGUUGCCACAAAGUACGCCCGGAAGGUGCUGGAUCAGGCGAAUGGCCCAGAACUGUUGAGCCUGAAGAGCAUGAUAUGUGCUCAGCUAAACCAGUUGAUGGGCACUGCGCCGAAGGGUGACGUAAAGUUCUCGAUCGAAUUUCACAGCAAUUACGAAAAGUUCGAACAGCUCGUACCGGAACUGUUUGGUAAGUUCCGCACAGAAUCAUGUUUGCCGGCCAACUUGAGCGAAACAACUCCAUCACCUACGCUUCCCGGCGUACCGAUAAUGGUUUCCGAUGGGCUUCAUCAACCGGCGAACGGAAGUUGCGGACUUAGCCAGGGUCCGCUGACUGCAUCGGUAACGGCUAGCAGUCCUAUUUCGUUGCCUACUUCGAUGCAAUCCUCGUUCGACGGGGACAUUUCGACGCUUGGCACUACCUAUAUGCUGCCGAAUGUGCUGACUCCGGAACCGGCCACUGGUGCGGGAACGAUUGCCGGCUCAGGUAAUCCGCUCAGUGGUGGCACACCGUCACCGGGUGUCGUCGUAGGUGCGGGACCACCAACUCUGCCAGGACUGUCGAGCAUUGCCGAGUAUAAUCUUCACCGGUUGGCAAAUCUGGCCGGUGAAACGUCGGCGAACGAUAUGACUGACUCGAUCGUACCAGUUGUCAACAGCAACCCGGCGAACGUACCGAGCGCAGGAGCUACGCCGAACUUUACACUGGCCGACCUAAUUUCCGGCAAUCAGCACGCUAUACAGGCGCUCGCCAAAUAUUCGAUGGGCGGUCAGGAUAUGGCCGGCAACGGUUCGAUGCUUGCGCCCCAUCCCAGCCUGGACAGUGUGCCGAUGCUGAACGAUUUCCCUGGCGUGCUGCCGGGCUCGACGUCUCCUAUCCUGCCCGUUCCACCGAACAUGCCGAGUAUCGAUGGGGCAGGAGGCAUGAACGGUGCCGGUAGCGACAUGGCGAUGAGUCGCUUCCAGCCAUCGGUGUGCGUGAAUGGGCGUACGAAGGCCACGCCGAUGCAGAUACGGACCAAGUUCGGUUCGCUCGGGCAAACGAAGGGCCAGUUCAACUCGCCGCACGGCUUCUGUUUGGGCGUGGACGAGGAAAUCGUUGUGGCCGAUACGAACAAUCAUCGCAUCGAGAUAUUCGAAAAGAAUGGCACGUUCAAGUUUUCGUUCGGCGUACCGGGCAAGGAGGAGGGUCAACUGUUUUAUCCGCGCAAGGUAGCGGUCAUGCGCACCAGUGCCAAGUUUGUCGUGUGCGAUCGGGGCAACGAGCGUUCGAGAAUGCAAAUCUUCUCUAAAAACGGACACUUCAUCAAGAAGAUCGCUAUCAGGUACAUUGACAUUGUGGCUGGAUUGGCUGUUACGAACAAGGGAUUGAUUGUAGCAGUGGACAGUGUCUCGCCGACGGUGUUCAUCAUAUGCGAGGACGGAAAUCUGAUACAUUGGUUCGACUGUAGCGAUUUCAUGCGCGAACCUUCGGAUAUCGCUGUAAAUGGAACGGACUUUUUUGUGUGCGAUUUCAAAGGACACUGCGUGGCUGUAUUCGCAGAAGAUGGAACGUUUAAGUAUCGUAUUGGUAGUGAAAAAAUAACCUGCUUCCCGAACGGUAUCGAUAUAUCGGAUGCUGGAGAUGUGCUGAUUGGCGAUUCACAUGGUAACCGCUUCCAUGUGGCGUGCUAUUCAAAGGAUGGACAUUUGCAGUCGGAGUUUGAGUGUCCUUAUGUUAAGGUAUCUCGUUGCUGUGGACUUAAAAUAACCUCGGAAGGAUAUGUGGUAACUUUAGCCAAAAAUAAUCAUCAUGUCCUUGUCCUGAAUACACUGUAUAUUCAGUGAUCAAUAGCAGGCGCGAGAAUUUUAAAGCCUAAUUACU